AUGACUCACGGCCUUGUGGAAAAGGCCUCGAAGGAGACGGUCAGCGCUACCUCUGGAGGGUAUCUGGCUCCCCUGCCGCCUCGAACUGUCGACCUCGAGUCACAGCGCCGUCCUAGCACCCUCCACGAUAGCGUCGAGCUUGAGCGCAUCAACACAUCUCGCCUACAGCAGCAACUUACCGUUGGAUCGAAUCGCAGCCGCAUUCCUCGAGAGCAAUGGCUGCCCAUGGGAGCAGGAAAAGACUACCCCCCUCCCCUACCGGACGCAGAAGAAUACGUGGUUGAGUUUGAAGGAUCGGACGACCCCAUGCAUCCCCAGAACUGGCCCAUGAGAAGGCGUGUUCUUAUAGGGUCGCUCUUGACUUUCUGUGCACUUGUCACGGCGUAUGCAAGUGCUGUCUUCGCCACGGCCUCGGAGGGUGUUAUGAAGGAGUUCGGAUUCGGUAAAGAAGUCGCUGCGCUGGGUACAACGCUAUAUGUGCUGGGGUUUUCUGCUGGGCCGACAAUAUGGGCGCCGGCGUCUGAGUUGAUCGGACGACGAUGGCCCUUGUUAGUUGGCAUGUUCGGAUUCGAUAUCUUCACGAUCGCCUGCGCGACGGCGAAAGACACGCAAACCAUCAUGUUGACCCGCUUCUUCGCGGGAUUCUGCGCCGCUAGUGUCAUCGCUCUUGUCCCGGCCAGUCUGUCGGAUCUGUUCAAUAACCAUCAUCGAGGGGUUGCGAUUGCCGUGUAUACGAUGUCGGUGUUUACCGGACCGUUUACCGCGCCGUUUAUCGGUGGGUUCACAGCAGAGAGCUACCUAGGUUGGCGGUGGACGCUCUAUAUCCCGGCCUUUGUCGGGUUCUUGAGCUUGAUCCUAAUGGCGUUGUUCGCACAGGAGACGUACGCGCCCGUUGUAUUAAUGCAAAAGGCGGCCAUCCUGCGCCGUCAAACCAGGAACUGGGGUAUUCAUGCGCGGCAGGAUGAACAUGAGAUCGAUUUCCGGGAGCUGGUGACUAAGAACCUGGCGCGGCCCUUUCUGAUCUUGUUCACCGAGCCCAUCGCCUUCCUUCUGACCCUGUAUAUGUCCUUCAUCUAUGGACUGGCCUAUGCGCUGCUGUCGGCCUACCCGAUUGUCUUCCAAGGCACCUAUGGUAUGACCGGUGGAGUGAGCGGAUUGCCCUUUAUUGGAUUGAUUAUUGGUGAAAUCUCGGGCAGUAGCUUCGUUCUCUCGCUUCAGAAAUCGUACUCCCGGAAACUGGAGGCUAAUAGUAAUGUGCCUGUACCUGAGUGGCGAUUACCCCCUUGCAUCGUAGGUGGUGUUGCGUUUGCGGGAGGUCUCUUCUGGUUUGGAUGGACAGGUUGGAACCCCUCGAUUCAUUGGAUGGCUCCCACGGCGGCCGGCGUGAUGGUCGGAUUUGGCAUCACAUCGAUAUUCAUGCAGGGGUUCAAUUACCUGCUAGAUUCGUAUCUGAAUUUUGCGGCAUCGGCGUUCGCAGCUAACACCAUGAUGCGAUCCAUGGUGGGAGCGUGUUUCCCACUUUUCACACGACAGAUGUUCAACAACCUGGGCAUUCAAUGGGCAGGCACCUUGCUCGGCUGUAUCGCCGUCGUGAUGAUUCCGAUCCCGGUGCUUUUCCUCGUAUUCGGCCCUCGACUACGUCAGAGGAGUCGGUUGGCACCAGCCGUAGGGGUAAAACGGGCGUAG